AUGACAGACAUCAAUAAUUUGUUAACUGCCUUGACACAUUUAGUUCAAUCACAACAACAAUUGACUCAAGCAUUGGGAUGGCAACAACCACUAAGUAAGGUUGCCUGUCAAAAUCUGCUUAGCUUGAUGCUGAAAGGUAAAACCUCAUACAUAGUGCCAAAAGUGCCAAAGUGCCAAAAUGCCAAAACUGACAAAAAUGCCAAAAAAUGGCAAAACUGUCCAAAAAUGCCAAAAAUGUUGAGCCAAAAUGUCAAAAAAGUCAAAAAUUCAAAACCGCUGAAAUAUCAAAACUGCUGA